AUGCAUCACAAGACGAAAGGCAUCUACUUGUAUGUCGAGGGCGACUCCAUGCCAAGCCCGUCACCCUUUCAGCCGUUGACGACAAACGCACCAGAGCCCACCGCGUCGUCCGCCGUGAUUCUUGAAGAGGCGGCAGUGGACCCCGCAGCCGCUCUCACAAAUAGCAGCUUUGACGCGCGGUCCAGCACGGCCCUUCUCAACUCGCUUGCGGUGGUGCUAUGUGCCGGUGUCGGCGUUGGCCUCGGCAUCUGUCUCUCCAAGCUCCACGCAAGCGCCGACGUCCUCGCGUGGGUCAACCUUCCCGGUGCGCUCUUUGUCCGCGCGCUGCGCUGCCUCGUCGUACCGCUUGUCUUUUGUUCCAUGACGGUCUCGAUUGCCGAAGUCAUUCUCCUCCAAAAGACCAACGUCCUCUCAUGGCGCACGGCCGGCGUCUUCUUCGCCACGUCCUUCUCGGCGACGCUGCAAGGCAUGCUUGUGGCGCUCGUGUUCCGGUCCGUCUUUGUUCCGGGUGACGUGGGCGGCACCGUGGUCACACCAGCGUCGUCGUCCGAACCGUUGAUCGCGCUCAACUGCUCGAACGGCCGGUUUCUGCAGCCCCUUUUCAAUGGGUUGCUUGCGUGUGUGGCUGCCAACGCCUCGGUGGCCGCCGCGCAGUUUCAGCUUGUCGACGUGCACCACGCGCUCACAAGUAGUGCAGGGGCUUCGUCCCUCCAGUCGCUCUCCCUCUCGGACCAAGUUAUUGCGAUCGUCAACGUCAUGGUCACCGACAACAUCUUUAACGCGCUCGCCAACGGAUCACUCUUGAGCAUCAUCGUCUUUGCCCUACCGCUGGGUGUUGCCGUGGCCAAGGCGGACGGCGAGAGUGUUCUCUUGCCGCUCUUGCGCCAAAUUCGAAAUGCACUGCUACUGCUCAUCAACGCCGUUCUCCGCGCGACGCCCGUCGCCGUCCUCUUCCUCGUGGCGAGUGCAAUCGUCGACUAUGGCACGAACGCUGGGCACUUUGCUGCUGGUAUCGGGUACCUUGUCCUCGCCUUUCUGUGUGGUGUCGUCUGCCACGUCUGCGUUGCGCUGCCGCUGCUCUUGUUUGUCUGCACUCGCAUUCAACCGUUUGCGUACCUCCGACAAUUGCUUCCGGCGUACGUCUUUGCCUUUGGGUGUGCGUCAUCGAUGGUCACGCUGCCGGUGGCGGCCACCGUCGUGUACCAAACCCGCCACGUCUCACCGGGCUUUGCUCAGCUCGUGUUGAGUCUGGGCACACCCACCAACACGAACGCGGCGGGUCUCUACUACCCGCUCAUGACGAUCUUCCUCGCGACCAUGGCGCGGGAAGCGCUGUCAGUGCCGCAGCUCGUCGUCCUUCUCUGCGUGAGCUGGCUGGGCUCGGUGAGCACUGCGCCGGUACCCAAUGCUGCGCUUGUGAUGCUCAUGACGGUGUGGAAGACCGUGGUACCCAGCACGCCACUGCCGCCCGCGUUUGUCUAUGUCGUGGCCGUCGACUUUCUACUAGAUCGCAUCUGCACGGUGGUCAACGUCAAUGGUAAUAUGGUGGCCACGCGCAUCUUGGCGGCCAAGUACGAGACGCAGGACACGCGAAACGAGUAG